AUGUACCUGAUCACUGUGUGUGGAAACCUGCUCAUCAUCCUGGCUGUCACCACAGACUCCCAUCUCCACACCCCCAUGUACUUCUUCCUUGCGAAUCUGUCUUUUGUAGACAUCUGUUUCACUUCCACCACUAUCCCCAAGAUGCUGCAGAACAUUCAGAAUAACAGCGAAGUCAUAACAUAUGCAGGCUGCAUCACACAGAUAUACUUUGUCCUACUCUUUGCAGGCUGGGAUGAUUUUCUCCUGACUGUGAUGGCCUAUGACCGCUUCGUGGCCAUCUGUCACCCUCUACACUACACAGUCAUCAUGAACCCCCGGCUCUGUGGACUGCUGGUUCUGGUGUGCUUGAUCAUCAUUGUCUCCUUAUUUUAUUGUACAGCCUUAAGAGUGUACCUUAGCUCUGCUUCUCCCCAGCGCUCCCACUCAAGUGCAGUAGCCUCGGUGAUGUACACGGUGGUCACACCCAUGCUCAACCCCUUCAUCUACAGCCCUAGAUUCUUUCCUUCAGCCUGUGCAACCUUGGAUGUGAAAGCAUGCUCCUUGUCUGUUUGUUCCAAAUCCCAGUUCUGGCUGGAGUCUGAUGCUUCACUCCGUGCUGCCUCGGAUGAGGACAGAGCUUUCAGCCCUAUCAUCUGCUCUCCAGGGAGGAAUUCAGACUUCCACAGGACACCUUCCUCUCAGACACCUCAGCCAGGUGAGUCCAACACCCCAACUGACUGUUGA